UAGGAAAAAAAUCUGAGUUCUGACUUUAGCAGAUGACCCCAGGAAGAAUUGUUCAGAGCACCGUGAUAGAGCCUUCACUGCUUUUUCUGAACCCCUAGUUAAAUAAAUGGUUUUGCCUCUGUUUCUCCAAUGGGUCACUGUGGUCUUUUAGGUUGAACUUUGCAUAUGACAUCCAGAAAAGGGAGAAGGGAAAGAGCUGUUUUCCCUGCAUAUUAACAUGUUUUGGGGUCAUUCAUCUUAUAUAUGAGUGGUCCCCUCAUUGGGGUUUGAAGUAGAUCCAUUUUCAUAUGUCACUCUCUCCUUCAUGCCUUCUUCAGUUCAGUGUGAAGAUUUUCCCUUAGAUGUGUCACUGAAUGAUGCCAUUGGAAGCAUAGCUUCUGUUGAUAAGCGUGGGACCAUCUGCUUGGCACAUCUCAAAUAUUUUCAGUCGUGGGAGAGCAGCCCUUAAUUUCAGUAGAGGAAAGAGGCUCCAACCACACUUCAAGGAGAGGCUGAGGUUGGAGAUCCUACGACCAAGGGGUGGGGGAGCAGAAGAGAUCUGUAUCCUUUGGAUGGAUGCCCCAGAAUGCUGAAGAGGAUCCUUCCCAUGGGCAUCUCUGUACCCUCCCAUGAGGAUAAUAAUUCACUGAUUGCAUGGCAUAUUUUUGGACCUGUUCACAGAAAAGAAGCCCUACUCUAAGGCACCCUCAUGGAUGAAGCAAACCUCACAUCAUUUGUCCCUGAAAUACCUGGGAAUAUUUCCAUCAACAGGAACACUUCCUUGGGAGAUGUGGAUCGGAAAAUCCCAAUCGUGCACUGGGUCAUCAUGAGUAUCUCUCCAUUGGGCUUUGUUGAAAAUGGAAUUCUCCUGUGGUUUCUCUGUUUUCGGAUGAGGAGAAACCCAUUCACAGUCUACAUCACCCACCUUUCUAUUGCUGACAUCUCAUUGCUUUUUUGUAUCUUUAUUUUAUCAGUUGACUAUGCUCUAGAUUAUGAGCUAUCAUCUGGGUAUUAUUACACCAUUGUCACAUUAUCGGUGACUUUUCUAUUUGGCUACAACACUGGCCUCUACCUCCUGACAGCCAUUAGUGUAGAACGUUGUCUAUCUGUCUUGUACCCUAUCUGGUACCGAUGCCACCGCCCUAAACAUCAGUCUGCUUGUGUCUGUGGCCUGCUUUGGGCUCUUUCUUGUUUAGUGACCACCAUGGAGCAUGUCAUGUGCAUAGACAUUGGAAGAAAGGGUCACUCCCAGAGUGACUGCAGGGCAGUUAUUAUCUUCAUUUCCAUCUUGAGCUUCCUUGUGUUCACCCCUCUCAUGGUGGUAUCCAGUGUGAUCCUGGUGGUGAAGAUUCGAAGAAAUACUUGGACUUCUCAUUCAUCCAAGCUCUACAUUGUCAUCAUGGUGACCAUCAUCAUCUUCCUCAUUUUUGCCAUGCCCAUGAGACUUCUUUACCUCCUGUACUAUGAGUAUUGGUCAACAUUUGGGAACAUACACCACAUCUCUCUUCUCUUCUCUACCAUUAAUAGCAGUGCCAACCCUUUUAUUUACUUCUUUGUGGGCAGCAGUAAGAAGAAACCAUUCAAGGAAUCCUUAAAGGUGGUAUUAAACAGGGCUUUCAAGGAUGAGAUGCAAUUAAGACGCCAGGAGGACAACCCUAAUGCGAUUGCUGUUGAGACAGUGGUCUGAACCUCAGGAAUGAAAUUAUGGGGCCUCUGCUGCUUGAAACUGUUGAUGGGGAAUCAAUCAGACAUUUCCCAGACAAUCCUUGGAAUACACAUUAAGCCCACUCUAAGUAGGGUAUGGCAGGCAUCCCUACCAUAUGCAGGUAUAUGGUUGUAUCAUACCCUUGAGACAUGGCUACUGGAACCACCCACAUCUGUGUCGAGCCUCUAUGAAUUCUGUCCCCAUCACAUCUUCUCUUCCCGUUAAGAUCUUGUGACAGAAUUAUCUCAAGGAGCUGUUAAAAAAAAAAGGUUUUUAGUUGAAAGAGUUACAAAUAUUCCUAGAAAAACAACAGAAAUAUCUAUUGGAACUUAGAUUCUUUAAAAAUUAUUAAAGAAAAAAAGACUUUAAAAAAGCUCCAUCAGGCAUAUAGCAUUAUUUUAAAAGUCUUAUUUAAAAUACAUUUCCCCCCUUUUUACACUUAUAUGCAGUGGAGAAAAAUAUCUCUGUGGAAAUUUUGGGUAGCUUCUGCAGUCUCAAACUGGUAAUUCUUAAUAUAUUAGGCAAUAAUUUUGGGGCAGCAUGAUGUAAUAGAUGGAUGGCCAUAGGGUUGAAAAAGCCCGGGCUCUCUUUCUGAUAUAUAGUUGUAUAAACAUGGCAAAUCACUUAUCCUCUCAGCAUCCCAGGCAAUCAUCUGAGACUACAAGUUAUGAAGGAACUGCUCAUCUCAGCCAGUAGAGGUAUUUUCCACACUGGGAGUUUUCCACACUGAGAUGACUGGAGGGAAGCUAUUGGAUUAUGCUCCUCUCAAAAAAAUUACUCUAGGAGGAGAAAGACAGAAUCACAUGGUUUCCUUUGGAAGAAAUCCUGAGUUAAAGAAUUGUCUGUAUUUUUAAGUUCUGUGAAUUGUAUAUAAACAUUGAUACUGGAUACAUCCAAUCAUGGGGAUAAACUAACUCCUAGAGGCUUGCCCCUAUGAAGUGAUUUUUCAUUCACUGAAAGGCUCUCCUCUCAGAGCCAGUUUCCUUUGAGCUCUACCUCUCCAUCUAAGAUAUUUUCUUGCUGUCUUUAAGAAGCCAUGUGGUGGGGGAGGGUGUAUGGGAAAGUCAUGGGAAAACAAUGUUGACAGGUCAGGAAACAGGACAUUUUUCCCAAGAAGAGUCUCUGCACAACUUCCCCAUCAUCAUUGCCCACUCCCCACAACUCCACCACUUGUCUACAAGGAUGUAUGAUUGCUUCAGGGCUGUCUGCACUCUCUUGGACUGCAUGUCCUAGGUUAUUAGUUAUAAUGUGUGAAAUGUGCUAAUUCAGAGACUCCAUGCUGUGAAACUUGCCUUCUGUCCCUUUUCCAAGAGCCUCCUAGGGAUAGAAUGUUUCAAGUGGCUCUUUGGCAGAGGAAAAUCUCUAAAAAUUCCAAAAUGAGACCUAUUAGUUUUUGUUUUAACUGCAUGUUUCUAAGAGGAUGAGAGAAGCAGUGAUGAAGGGAUCUAUUCUUAUGGGCUUUCUUCUCCAGAGGCCGUCUCCAAGAAAACAUCCCUUUCUUUUCUCCAAGAAACAAGGUUGGCUCUUUCCAGCAGGGUAGCCCUCACUGAAGUAAGCCAGAAUCUCUUCUGCAGUGCCCAGCCUCAUCCCAACUGCCAACAAAGUUCAGAUCCAAGGCUCUUAAUAGUGAGUGACAACAUCUGAUUCACAGAGAAGGCAGCUUGAUUCCUAGAGCCCAGAUGGGGUGUGUGGUGGUGACAUUUAGAAUGGACUUGUUUUUGAGGGAAAACAGAGCAUCUCCACAAAGAAAGUGCAGAUUAAAGAAUGGGGAGCUGGGGAACUGUUUUCUUACUCUUACCAAUCAUAGAAGACCAUUAACUUCAAAACAGAACAGGUCAAACUCUUGACUACCCCCUUUUUAAAGGGGCUUGGGGGCUUCUUGAAGUAUUUAUAACCAAGGGAAAUUUGGAAAUGCUAGGCCUACAUUUAGCUCUGUCCUUCAAAUAAGGCAAAGUUUAAUGUGUUUAUGAACAGAAAUAUCUUUUUACCUUUUUCAUAGUAUUGCUAUAAAGAAAUGGAAUUGAGAUUUCAGAUUGAUCCUUCAGUGCUGAGAAAUCAAGUGAUUUUCCUUCUUUCUCAUAUCUCUUGCCAAUCCAUCCUAGAAUAUGCUCAAACAGCUAUAGACAAGAGGUAUGGGAAGGUGGAGAUGUACACAGGACACACUUUUCAGUUUCAACUGCAUUAUUACCAUUUUUUCCAUUAUUUACUUAAGCCUAGAAAAUCCGAAAAACAAUAAGUUAAGCCCCUUUUUGUAAGGUUUCUUGAUUUCUGGGAUGUAAAUGCUUACACAUAAACCCCUCCAGCUGUCUCCAGCAUACCCCUAAUUCCUAUCCCACAUUACCCACUGUCUCUAAGUUUAAAAAAAUGAAUCAUAAAUUGCAAACUGAAAUAGGUAAUAUACCAGAACAGUAAGACAAAGUAGGUGAAGAAUUAGCAAAAAAAAUUUUUUUAAGUUGAGAUAUAGAAGAAAAUCUACCAUGUCUGCCAUCAUUAGGAUGCAUGAACCUAAAUCAUUGCAAGCACUUGUCUCCCCUGCUAGAAUGGAAGCUCUUUGUGAGUAGGUGUUCUUGAUUUUUUACUUUGUAUAUGUACUCCAAGCACCUAGCACAGUAUCUGGCACAUAGCAGGUAUUUAAUAAAUGCUCAAUGAUUGAUUGAUUGC